AGACGUCAGAGGGCAAACAAGUAAUCUAAUAAUCAGUCGUAUUGGGGAUUCGGGAGAUCAAGUGAGAAGAUGCCGAAAAUCUGCGUUUUCCCUGAAUGUCAGAGUUUGGAGGGGAAGAAUGAGACUUAUUACAAGUUUCCAUUAAACGACAAAGUUCGACUCAGGCAAUGGUUAAUCAACAUGAGUAAGGAGAGCUUUGUUCCCUCCAUAAACCAACACCUGUGUAGCCGACACUUUAAGCCUUCCUGCUUCCAGUACAAAUGGGGAGCCCGCUUGCUGAAGCUAGAUGCUGUGCCUACGAUUUUUCACACAUCAGGGAAUAUCUCGACGAAGAAAGACAUAAAGACAAAAAAGCCACCCUCUGCAGACCAUGUUGUACAGAAAGAAAUCUUUAUCGCUGCCGUGCCAAAUCCUACGGUUCAGAUGCAGUCCGUCCCCGGCAAAACCGUUGCAAUCGCUUUGGACCCAAACUGCUCAGCCAGUCACAUGUUCAUAAAUGGAGGAGAGACAUUGGUUAAGGAGAUCAAUACUCUUGCAAUUCCCAGUCAAGUAGUUGGCGCAGUGAACUUGGUUCCAUUAGUUCAUUUUGUGGAGUCUUUUGAUGGUCUUUCAUUGGCAUUUACUGCUUCUCAAACCCAAAAUCUUUCCCCUAUAACAUUACCAAUUGAUGUGUCUGUGGGGCAACAAAUGCACCAUCAAACAACAGUAGCAGAAUCCAUUGCGUUAUUAUCAGAGGAACAUGUUGCAUCAGCAUCAUUACAACAUGCUUUAGACACACGUGGUUUGGUCUCAGAAGAUCAUAGAGCACUGGUUAUUGAAAACAUCCCUAUAGACCCAUUCUCGGAAACUGGUCUCCCUCCUGUCAUGCCAGCCGAGAUGUCACCUGAAGAACUGUUUACCUAUUUAGAAACCAUGCAAACAGCCACUGUUGUCCCCUCCCUGCAGACAGGUCCCCUCCCCCCCAUAAUGGUUUCACCAGAGACCUAUCUGUCACCUGCUAUCACAAGGCCCAUACCAUCCACAGUACCGAUUGUAUCGAAACACAGCAAGCUAUCUGAAAAUAUCUCCAAAGAGCAACACCAGGGUAGUGUCCAUAAACAAAGCCAACUUGGUGAGAGCUUAAGUACGGGACAGCUGGUGUCUGUAAUGGCAGAUCUGCAGAAGAAGACGCUCCAGCAAAGACACGGGAGAGUCUGCUCUAAACUGGAGGAAAUGGAGGGCGUGGCUGAGCAGAUGAAGAAAGAGAACCUAAUAUCUGAGGGGAAAUUAAAUCUCGUAGACCUGGCUUAUCUUCAGCCCGGCUCUCAACUUCCUGAAAGCAGUAACACUGUUACAAUUGUUUGCCAAGAAGACAACCAAGCAUUUAUGUACACCCUUCCUUUACCCAAAGAGGAUGAAAAUUAGACAGUCUCAUAUUGAGGAGCACUGACUAACUAAGACUCCAGAACGUGUGUACUGUCCACCUCAUUUAAAUUGAUAUAGUGAUCUACUCAAUCCAAUUUGCUGUGACGUCUUUAACUCUUGAAAAUAUGGACGUAUCUUCUUGACGGACCAACAUCGUCUUUCAUGAACUUGCACUGGUUUCUAGAAACUGGAAUUUUGUCAAUGUUCUUAUAUAUAAAUAAAAAAAAAAAGCAAUAUUUUUGGAAUAAGUUUGUUUCUCUGGGCCCCUUCUAAAUUAUGUAUGAAAUCCUAAAAAUUUUCCAGCCUUAAAAGGCCAGAUACUUUAAAGCGAUACUAAACCCAAAUUUUCUUCUGUCAUGAUUCAGAAAGGCAUAUUUUUGAUUCAGCACCCUGGAUAGCGCUUGCUGAUUAGUGGGUACAUUUAGCCACCAAUCAGCAAGUGCAACCCAGGUGCUGAACCUAAAAAUGGGCCGGCUCCUAAGUUUACAUUUUUGCUUUUUAAAUAAAGAUACAAAAAGAGAACGAAGAAAAAUAAGAGUAAAUUAGAAAGAGCAAGCAAUUUUAAGCAACUAUCUGAAUCAUGAAGAAAAAAAAUAAAAAUCGGGAUUUAGUGUCCCUUUAAACAGGAAAUGUGUAUUAUUUGAGGAAGUUAGUGAACUAAAAUUUGUAUUAAGAAGCUUCUGCUUUUUUUGUCGUCAUUGGAAUAUCCAAUUUAAAGACAUUUCAACAAGGAUACGUUGGUUUGACUUUGAGAAGAUCUGUUUUGUAUUUUAAUUUACCAUAUUUAAUAAAUGCACUGCCACCCCUCUAAUAAAAUUGAAAAAAGGGGGAGAAAUAACAUUUGUAAUGUCCCCAGAGACACAACCUUUACAGUUGACCAACAAAGCUUCUUAGCUGUUUGCGCGACUAUUUAAUGUUCAUUAAAUUGUAACUUUUCUUUAAUAUUUUUUUUGACUGCUAGCGUGUUUGCACCUUUUAAUUCCUUAAUUUUGCUAAUUAAGGUACAUUUAUAAUCUGGUGAUUAAUGCUUUUUUUUUUGGAAGGAAAAAAAAUAAAAUUUUGAAUUGUUGCUAAUUGAUAAACUAUUUCUUUAA